AGGGAGGGCGGGCGCGGGGGGCGCGGGCAGGGCGGGGGGUGUGUGCGCGCUCGGAGGUCUCGGGCCAGCCACCGCCGCGCGAGCUAGAAGCGCCCCAGCCCGGCAAGCUGGCUCACCCGCUGGCCACCCAGCACAGCCCGCUGGCCCCUCUCCUGCAGCCCAUCUGGCGGAGCGGCGGCGGCGGCGGCGGCGGCGGCAGGAGAAUGGCAUCGGAACUGGCAAUGAGCAACUCCGACCUGCCCACCAGUCCCCUGGCCAUGGAAUAUGUUAAUGACUUCGAUCUGAUGAAGUUUGAAGUGAAAAAGGAGCCGGUGGAGACCGACCGCAUCAUCAGCCAGUGCGGCCGUCUCAUCGCCGGGGGCUCGCUGUCGUCCACCCCCAUGAGCACGCCGUGCAGCUCGGUGCCCCCUUCCCCCAGCUUCUCGGCGCCCAGCCCGGGCUCGGGCAGCGAGCAGAAGGCGCACCUGGAAGACUACUACUGGAUGACCGGCUACCCGCAGCAGCUGAACCCCGAGGCGCUGGGCUUCAGCCCCGAGGACGCGGUCGAGGCGCUCAUCAGCAGCAGCCACCCGCUCCAGGGCGGCUUCGAUGGCUACGCGCGCGGGGCGCAGCAGCUGGCGUCGGCGGCCGGGGCCGGGGCCGGGGCCGGGGCCGGGGCCGGGGCCGGCGCCGGGGCCUCGCUGGGCGGCGGCGGCGAGGAGAUGGGCCCCGCCGCCGCCGUGGUGUCCGCCGUGAUCGCCGCGGCCGCCGCGCAGAGCGGCGCGGGCCCGCACUACCACCACCACCACCACCACCACGCCGCCGGCCACCACCACCACCCGACGGCCGGCGCGCCCGGCUCCGCGGGCAGCGCGUCCUCCUCGGCCGGGGGCGCGGGCGGAGGCGGCGGCGGCGGCGGCGGCGGCGGCGGCCCGGCCGGCUCCGGGGGCGGCGGCGGCGGCGGCGGCGGCGGCGGCGGCGGCGGGGGCGCGGCGGGGGCGGGGGGCGCCCUGCACCCGCACCACGCGGCCGGCGGCCUGCACUUCGACGACCGCUUCUCCGACGAGCAGCUGGUGACCAUGUCGGUGCGCGAGCUGAACCGGCAGCUGCGCGGGGUGAGCAAGGAGGAGGUGAUCCGGCUCAAGCAGAAGAGGCGGACCCUGAAAAACCGCGGCUAUGCCCAGUCCUGCCGCUUCAAGAGGGUGCAGCAGAGACACGUCCUGGAGUCCGAGAAGAACCAGCUGCUGCAGCAGGUCGACCACCUCAAGCAGGAGAUCUCCAGGCUGGUGCGCGAGAGGGACGCGUACAAGGAGAAGUACGAGAAGCUGGUGAGCAGCGGCUUCCGAGAAAACGGCUCCAGCAGCGACAACCCGUCCUCUCCCGAGUUUUUCAUAACUAAGCCCACUCGCAAGUUGGAGCCAUCAGUGGGAAACGCCACAUUUUGGAAGCCCCAGCCAUGUGUCCUUACCAGUGUAUUCACGAAAUGAAAUUUAUGUGGGAAGCGUACAUUAAAAAUUUAUUCUUAUUA